AUGAACGACAGCAAGUGGAUCCGCGGGUCGAAUCAGCCUGCGCGCAUUCGACGGCGAAAAUGCCGAGGUCCCUUUUCGUCGGUCGACGAUAACCCUCUAUCAGUGUCGAGCUUUUCAGCGAUGGCCUCGUUUGCCACAACCAGACAGCGCGGUCCGGCCGCUUCGACGAGUGCGAAAUGUUCCGACGGUCGGCCGUUCUCGCGGUCACUCUCCAAAGCAUUCUGGGAGGUCUGGGGCUGGAUCAAACGUGUUCGCGAUAAGCGGGUGAAGUCAUCGUUGCCCGAAUAA